ACACGAAAAUGUCUUUGGAAUGUCCUACAAAUCCCGUGUAUAAUACAUCAGUUGAGCAAAAACUAAAAUCGAAAAAUGCGGCCAAAUUGCAUCGUUAUGGUGCAGCCAAGCUAAGGGAUAUAUUACGAGAGAAAUGUGUAAUUCGUGCCAAGGAGGCACGACAACAGUGCUAUAGCCAGGGUCGUUUGGAUGAGGAGGGUAAAGCGAUUUUGAGUAAGAUUUCUAUUAAUGACAUUUUGCGUCAAGAAUUGGCUGAACUGGAACAUGAUAUUGAAUUACAAAAUGAAAUUUACAAUGAGCUGUUGGAAGAAUUCAAUGAAUGGUUUGUCCAGGAAUUGGAAAAUGAGGAUAACUAUUUGUUAGAGGUUGCGGAGUCACAAGCAUUGAUUUGUCCCGUUUGUCAGGUUAAUAAUUUAGUUGCAUACAAGACAAAUGAACAAUUCAACUACAGAUGCAAAUGCAAUGCCAAGUAA